AUGACAAUCCGACUCCCACCCGUUAAAGCGGAACGUGUACGGCUAGCUUGCCAGAGUUUACUGGACAAAAGAAAAAUGACUAUUAGAGAAGUGGCACAAGUUAUAGGGUUGAUGGUUUCUAGUUUCCCUGCCGUUCAGUUUGGGGAACUAUACUAUAGGGCCCUAGAAAGGAAUAAAAUUCUUGCUCUGCAGGAAAGUAGGGGCAAUUAUGAUGCACUAUUGUAUCUUUCAAAUGAAUCUAGAUCAGAGAUAGCUUGGUGGGUGAACAAUGUAGACUCUUCCUUUAAACCUAUUUUCCAGGGAGACCCUGACCUGACUCUUACAACAGAUGCCUGUACUAGCGAUUGGGGUGCAGUAUAUGGGGCUCUCAAAACUGGUGGUCUUUGGAAUGCAGAGGAACAAGCUUUCCAUAUUAACUACUUGGAACUGAAAGCAGUUCUGCUGGGGUUGAAAUCACUUCUUGGCCAUGUUCAUGGCAAACACAUAAGAAUUCAGUCUGACAAUACAACCACAGAUGCAUAUGUUAAUAACACGGGGAGUAUCAAAUCUGCAGAGUGUGACAGUUUGUCUAAGGAAAUUUGGCUGUGGUGUAUAGAAAUAGACAUCUGGAUCAGUGCUUGCCACAUACCCGGCUCUACCAAUGUAGAUGCUGACACUGAAUCUAGGAAAAUUAACAAUUCAACUGAAUGGUCUUUAAACAUGGACGUCUUUUCAGACUGUGGGGCCCUUUUCAAAUCGACCUGUUUGCAUCUAGACUUAAUUUUAAAGUUCCCAGUUAUGUGUCAUGGAAGGCUGACCCUGGUGCUCAAUAUGUCAAUGCAUUUUUCAUGAGUUGGAAGGAGUAAUAUUUCUAUGCUUUCCCCCCUUUUAGUGUUAUAGCAGCCUGCCUACAGAAAAUAGAGCAAGAUCAAGCAACUGGUGUCCUUCUCGUUCCUGUUUGGCAGACACAACCUUGGUUCACCCCUCUCCUUCACCUGUUAGUAGACAAUCCUGUUCUUCUCCCCCAGUCGACUCAUCUGUUGACACAACCACACUACCAUGCCUUACAUCCCCUUCGACGACAGUUGAGACUGAUGGCUUGCAUGCUCUCCGGGAAAGUCUCCAGCAGAGAAAUGUUUCAGGCAAGGCUACAGCAAUCAUCCUCAAGUCCUGGUCUGACGGAACACAAAAACAGUACAAACCCUACAUCAAACAGUGGAUGGACUUUUGUAGUAAAUGGAAGACUGAUCCCUAUGAUCCACCUGUAACCGUUGUUUUAGAAUUCCUCGUUAGCCUCCAUGAAAAGGGAUUGACUUACACCACCAUCAAUACUGCCAGGAGUGCCAUAUCAGCAGUUACUAUACCCAAGAGUAACAUGACUGUGGGCAGUCACCCACUUGUUUCCAGGUUUAUGAAAGGUGUUUACAAGGAUUCUCCGCCAACUCCACGCUACCGGUCAACCUGGGAUGUAAAGCCUGUCCUAACUUAUCUUUCCUCCCUUCACCCUCCAGAGAAGCUUGAUUUAAAAUCACUCACUCUAAAGCUGGUUAUGCUGAUAGCCCUGGUCUCUGUACAAAGGGGACAAUGUUUACAUAUGCUUGACAUUGGUUGCAUGAAAAAAGUGACUAAUGGAUUUGAAUUCUUGUUCAUGGAACAUGUCAAACAAAGCAGGCCUGGUUACCGAGCUCCAUCUGUUCUCCUGCAAGCUUAUCCUGCUGAUUUGUCACUGUGUGUGUCUACUUGCUUGGCAGAAUAUCUUAAGCGAACCCAGCCACUAAGGGGAGCGGAAAGUAAACUUUUUAUUAGCUUCAUCAAACCUUACAAACCUGUUUCCAGGGAAACUAUUUCUAGAUGGAUUCGUUUGAUAAUGGAGUCGUCUGGUGUUGACACCAGUGCAUUCAAACCACACAGUACAAGAGCUACAGCUACGUCGAAAGCCAAAGCUUCAAAUGUCCCCAUUGAUGAAAUCCUGCGUACAGCUGGAUGGUCGUCCUCAAGGUGUUUUUACCGUUUCUACAAUAAGCCAGUCGGUACCUCCACUUUUGCUUCUGUAGUGCUUCAGACUGAUUAGAACAAGGACUAGGGCCUUUACUUCUCUGCCCUGUUGCUACUGUUUAGUGAUUCCCUAUAACGUUGAUUAGGUCCUACAACUUAGAGGUUUUUUCAGGGUUAUUGUGCUUUAGCCCUGUUGUUUCUAUUACUCAGUGUGUUCAUAUAGCAUUAUUUGUAAGCGUUUUUUGUUCCUUAUUUUUAUGGGAUACAGUUCGUGUUACUGUUAGUACUGUAUAGGGUUGUUUAUGCAUUAAACACCUUGCAGUUGGCCUUUGGGUGUUUUCUUCACGUGACUGUCUUGGCUUUAAAGUCUCAUGGGAUCCCUGGGGCAGUGAUGACGAGAUAG